AUUCACCGGUGCGAAUAUUGGUCGGUUUGGUCAGUUCGCAUGACGUCAUUACCCUUAUGUGUUUACAAACUUUAUUUCGGAACUAGCUUGCUUUAUGAAGUAACGUUGUUUAUAAUCUGGUUUAUCUUUUUACGAAGGAUUUUGUUUCCUUAUUUCAGUCAUGUCAAGACAAAAAAAGCUAGAAGAAAGCCUAAGAGACUUAAGGAAGACUAGAAAUGUGUUAGAUUUCAUACAGUUAUUGAAAGUCUAUAAAUGUAAGCAAAUUAUUAAACGAGUUUGUUACAUGGUAUCCGAUAUCUUUGAUGAGGAGGAAUGUCUUAUAAAUAAAUUAAAGUUUCUGUUUGGCCUGAAAUUAUCAUUGGAUGCUGUAGAAUGGUCUACUGGUUAUUUUAGAAUAUGUGCUGAACUUUAUGGUGAAACUGCUCUUGGUUGCAAUAAGGAUAUAACAGAAAAGUUGUUUAAUUUAUUGGACUGUUCUGAAGAAAGUAGUAGUGGUCGUUCCUUUUCGGAAGCUAUAGCAGGCCUUCUACGUGUGUUGCAGUCUGAAGAUGGUAAUUUAAGAGAAGCUUUAAUUAAAAUUAUAAAAGAAACUGAAGCAAUUGUAACUGAAAGCCGCAAAUAUCUCAUAUAUUCCACCCGACAACAUUUCAAUGAGGGGAAGGGUACUGAUAUUCUGGAUAUAGGCAUGUGCAUAGCAAGCAAAGCCUGUGACUCCAAGGCUGAUGAAGUAUUAAAAUUAGUACUCCGAAUUGGUGACAGUCAUGAUGAAUUUUCGGAAAAAGAGAAAGAGAUAAUAGGGAAGCUUAUGCUGGAUGCCGUGGUACCAAUCCAACUUUAUAUGAGACGUGUUUUUAUCACUCAUGGUCAUAGAUCAUUCAUUUUUAUACGCAGAAGAAAAGCUGCCUUAGAAAUAAUAUUAGAUGACUAUGCUACAUAUACGCCUUUGAGUAUAUAUAAAAUGCCAGAAUAUCGAAAAUUAAAUGAAGGUAUUGAACUAUUAAGUAAAGUGAAUAAAGACUGUUGCGAUUCCUCAAACAGUGACAGUGACAGCGACAGUGAUUAAAUUUGUGACAAAUAACAUGGUGCGUAGCUUUUUUUAAAAAAUGCUAGGUGCUUAUUUUCGUUAUUUAAAAGUCCUUAAGGGUGCUUUUUUGUCAUUGGGUGUUUUUAAAGAAUGCUCAAUUUUCCGUUUUCGAAAAUGAGAUUAUUUUCGUUGCCAUGUUGAUUUUCGCCACGCAUUGGGCAAAAGUGUGCUUUUUAUAUUGUUCUAUUUAACGUUUUCACAGUUCAUUUCGGCGUACCGUGAAAAGCGCCAAUCAUUUUACAUGUUUUUGUGAUAUCUAAUAUAAUCAAGAAAAGAGUUCUUUGUGAGAAACUAGUUAUUUUAUCAUGAUCAUCUGAAGUCUUUGAAAAUUAUUGCGCAUUUUGUUAAUGUGUAUAGUGCUUAAAAAUUACUUAAAAGGUGCUUAUUUUUUGUUAAAAGAUUUGGCUAUGCACCCUGAAUAAUGUAAAGCCAGUUUAAAUAACUGCUUAAGUUAGUAUUGUUGAUAAAUAUAAUUUUUUGAAAUGCCUGUUGCUUCAAUGUUUCAAUUAAUAAAUUAUUUCCUUUGAUUA